GGCAAGUCUGUUUCCUAAGCUUCCGGCGAACGAUUUCCUUCCUCGACCCACAGUGAGGCGUGUGCCGAAAGCAACAGCGUGCCCGUUUAGCACUCUCUCGUCACGAGUCUCUCUCCCCAAAAGGUAAAGGAAGUAAAGCUGGGAAUGACACAAAAAAGGAAAGCAACAGCACGAGCCGCAUUGAAUUGCAAUCCCUCAUUGGGGGUGGAAAAUAACGUGGAUGUGUGUGUGUGUGUGUGCGAAAUGGAGUUUAUCCUUGUGUGGGUGCUAUGGGGGCGGAAAAGCGGAAAAGGUGUGACAAAGAUAACAUUUCACGCAUCCCAGUGAUAAUACACCCAUAACACGCUCAUGUUACAUAUUACAUUGGAGGGUGAACUGGUCCUGCAAUUGGUUUCGCCAUUCAAUUUUAUAUUUAUGGGAUUUGUUUUGCGGGGAUUACGCAGGGAAUCCUUAUAUGGAAAAACCCCAAUAUCGCCGUAACGAAAAUGAAUAGGAAUUGAGAAUCUUUUGGAUUAUGGGAAAUAAAACUAUUAGGCAAUAGAAAUACUUAUGAUUAACAAAGGGCACAUGAUAGUCUUUUAAAAAUAUUAAGAAAAUAGUAUUAAAUAAAUAACUCUCUAUAAAUUAAUCAAAAGUCAUCCAUGGAAAAAUUGAUUCAUCCGUUUCCCCUGCAUUGGCAAUAUUCAAUAAUCCACAAUGCCAAGCAAUUACUCUAAUGGCAAUGUCUGACCCGUGACCCCAAGUGGGCCCAGGACACAAUCAGAUAGCUAGGAACCCACUUAAGUGAACGCUGGUCAAUCCAGUUAGGGCAAUCCUUGCGUCCUGUCAGUGCCGCGUUGGCCAUGUCCCCGAACACUUGGGUAAUUGAAAUGCCCACGCAAAAAGCGCAAUCACAUCCGUAUCCGCGAAGAAUCUCGCCGUACCGGAUGCCCGUGUUAACCCGGGAUGCCUUCAGUAGAGAUGCACCACCUAUGCCAGCGAGGAGCCAUGAUCAUCCCGUUUUUGAGGACAUUCGCACCAUAUUGUCCGUGCUCAAGGCCAGUGGCUUGAUGCCCAUAUACGAACAGGUCUCCGACUAUGAGGUGGGUCCUCCGACCAAAACGAAUGAGUUUUACUCGUUCUUCGUAAGGGGCGUGGUCCACGCCCUGACCAUCUUCAAUGUCUACAGCUUAUUUACACCGAUAUCGGCGCAAUUAUUUUUCUCCUACCGCGAGACGGACAAUGUGAACCAGUGGAUCGAGCUGCUGCUCUGCAUCCUGACGUACACCCUUACGGUUUUCGUUUGUGCCCGCAAUACCACGAGCAUGUUGCGGAUAAUGAAUGAAAUCCUUCAACUGGACGAGGAAGUGCGUCGCCAGUUUGGCGCCAAUUUGAGCCAAAAUUUUGGGUUCUCGGUGAAGUUUUUAGUGGGAAUCGCCGCUUGCCAGGCUUAUAUAAUCGUGCUCAAGAUAUAUGCCGUACAGGGUGAGAUCACACCCACCUCCUAUAUACUAUUGGCCUUCUAUGGCAUCCAGAACGGUCUGACCGCCACGUAUAUCGUAUUCGCAUCGGCUUUGCUCAGGAUUGUGUACAUCCGGUUUCAUUUCAUCAACCAGCUGCUGAAUGGAUACACCUAUGGGCAGCAGCAUAAGCGCAAAGAAGGUGGAGCACGGGCGAGGCGGCAGCGUGGUGACGUCAAUCCCAAUGUCAAUCCUGCUCUAAUGGAACAUUUCCCGGAAGACUCACUCUUCAUAUACCGCAUGCACAACAAAUUGUUGCGUAUCUACAAGGGCAUCAACGAUUGCUGCAACCUGAUUCUGGUCUCGUUUCUGGGCUACUCCUUCUACACGGUCACCACCAACUGCUACAAUCUCUUUGUCCAAAUUACCGGCAAGGGCAUGGUGUCGCCCAACAUAUUGCAGUGGUGCUUCGCCUGGUUAUGUCUCCACGUUUCCCUGCUGGCUUUGCUGUCACGUAGCUGUGGUCUGACCACCACGGAGGCCAAUGCCACAUCGCAAAUUCUGGCGAGGGUGUAUGCCAAGUCCAAGGAGUAUCAGAAUAUCAUCGAUAAGUUCCUCACCAAGAGCAUUAAACAGGAGGUGCAAUUCACGGCAUAUGGAUUUUUUGCCAUAGAUAACUCUACGCUGUUCAAGAUAUUUUCGGCCGUCACCACAUAUUUGGUUAUCUUGAUUCAGUUUAAACAGCUCGAAGACUCGAAAGUUGAGGAUCCUGUACCAGAACAUACUUGAAUGUAACCUAUAUCAAAAAUAUUUGAUAAAUAUGCAUCGCGG